AUGCAGCGCGCGGGGCUGGCCGGGCUGGGCUCGGUGGCCGUGCUGUGGCUGCUGGCGUCGGCGUCCCUGCUGGGGCUGUGGAGCGAGCGGGUGGCGGAGCCGGGGGGCGCCGGCGAGGGCUUCCCGCGGGAGCGGCCCGGGGAGCCGAGGACGGGGGGUCCCGCCGGCCCGGCCGCCCCCAAAACUUUCCGCGCGCUGCUCACGCUGCCGGGGCCGCCCCGGGAGGGCGCGGGCGCGAGCGGGCAGGAGCAGCCCUGGGGCUGGCCGGUGCGCGGGGGGGUCUUCUGGAGCCGGGCGCUGGAGGCGGCGGUGCCGGCGGGCUUCUCGGCGGGCGAGGCGGCGUCGUGGCUGCGGGCGGCGCGGUCGGCGCGCGUGGUGUCCCUGGAGCGGGGCGGCUGCGGGCGCGGCUCGAACCGGCUGGCGGUGCUGUCGGACGGGAGCCGGGCGUGCGUGCGCUACGGCAUCAACGCGGAGCAGGUGCAGGGCGAGGCGCUGUGCUACCACCUGGCCGAGCUGCUGGGCAUCCAGGCGCGCCUGCCGCCGCUGGCGCUGGCGCGGGUGGAGGCGCGCGGCGGGCAGUGGGCGGCGGUGCGCGAGGAGCUGCGCGGCGCGCACUGGGCCGAGGGCGCCGUGGUGAGCCUGGCGCGCUGGGUGGACAACCUCACCGACGUGGUGGCGCCCUUGCCCUGGCGCGCCCAGGCCGGCCGGCGGCCCCAGCCCGCCCUGGCGCCCGCCCAGCUGCGCGGCCUGGCGCCGGCCCAGCUGGCCGAGCUGGUGCAGUGGGGCGACCUGAUCCUCUUCGACUACCUGACGGGCAACUUCGACCGGCUGGCCAGCAACCUCUUCAGCCUGCAGUGGGACGCGCGCGUCAUGCAGCGGGCCACCAGCAACCUCCUGCGCGGCCCCGACGGCGGCCUGGUCUUCCUGGACAACGAGGCCGGCCUGGGCCACGGCUACCGGCUGCUGGCCGUGUGGGACCAGUACAACGAGCCCCUGCUGCGCUCCGUCUGCCUCUUCCGCGAGGCCACCGCCCAGCGGCUGCGGGAGCUGCACCGCCGCCGCAACGCCGCCGCCGAGCUGCGCCGCCUCUACCGGGCGCGCGAGCCCCUGGCCCAGGCGCUGGGCUUCCUCUCCCACCGCCAGGCCCAGCUGCUCCAGGACCGCGUCGACCUGGUCCACAGGCACAUCCUGCACUGCCAGGCCCGCGCCGACGCCCUCUGA